AGUAACCAUGUGUGUGUGCUGCUGAAGCGUUCCCUCAGGCUCGCUGGGGCGGGAGGAGAGGAGGAGGUGGUGGUGGUGGAGAAGGCAGAGGGUGGAGAGAGAAAGCCACGCCAAAAGGAGGUGUGGGUGUUCGCUUCCAUCCUAACGGAACGAGCUCCUUCUUCGCGAGCAUGGAAUUACCCAGCGGCUGCUGACCCCUCUCCUCGCUCUGCUCCCUCAAACCGACGUGGCUCCCCGGGCUCCAAGGAGCUGACCGCAGAGGAGCAGGAUUCGCACACCUGGCUGAGCGAGUUUUGACAUCAGGUCCCUGACGACUGUCAGGAUUUUCGAGAAAGAUGUCUGACAAGAUGUCUAGUUUCCUACAUAUUGGAGACAUUUGUUCUCUGUAUGCAGAGGGAUCGACAAAUGGAUUUAUUAGCACCUUGGGGCUGGUUGAUGACCGCUGUGUUGUGCAGCCAGAAGCUGGAGACCUGAACAAUCCACCCAAGAAAUUCAGAGAUUGCCUCUUCAAGCUAUGUCCCAUGAACCGAUACUCUGCCCAGAAGCAGUUCUGGAAAGCGGCCAAGCCAGGGGCCAACAGCACGACAGAUGCCGUGCUGCUCAACAAGCUGCACCAUGCUGCAGACUUGGAGAAGAAGCAGAACGAGACAGAAAACAGGAAACUGCUGGGGACGGUCAUCCAGUAUGGCAACGUGAUCCAGCUCCUGCACCUGAAGAGUAAUAAGUACCUGACGGUGAAUAAGAGACUCCCGGCCCUGCUGGAGAAGAACGCCAUGAGGGUCACCCUGGACGAGGCUGGAAAUGAAGGGUCCUGGUUUUACAUACAGCCGUUCUACAAGCUGCGAUCCAUCGGCGACAGUGUGGUCAUAGGUGACAAGGUGGUCCUGAACCCCGUCAAUGCUGGCCAGCCCCUGCACGCCAGCAGCCACCAGCUGGUGGACAACCCAGGCUGCAACGAGGUCAAUUCCGUCAACUGCAAUACAAGCUGGAAAAUCGUCCUUUUCAUGAAGUGGAGUGACAACAAAGACGACAUAUUGAAGGGGGGUGACGUGGUGCGGCUGUUCCACGCUGAGCAGGAGAAGUUUCUCACGUGUGACGAGCACAGAAAGCAGCAGCACGUCUUCCUGAGAACCACGGGCCGCCAGUCGGCCACGUCCGCCACCAGCUCCAAAGCCCUGUGGGAGGUGGAGGUCGUCCAGCAUGACCCGUGUCGGGGAGGAGCGGGAUAUUGGAACAGCCUCUUCCGUUUCAAGCAUCUUGCUACAGGGCAUUACUUAGCAGCAGAGGUAGACCCUGACUUUGAGGAAGAGUGCCUGGAGUUUCAGCCCUCAGUGGAUCCGGAUCAGGACGCCUCUCGCAGCAGGUUGCGAAAUGUCCAGGAAAAGAUGGUGUACUCCCUGGUCUCGGUGCCCGAAGGCAGUGACAUCUCGUCCAUCUUUGAGCUGGACCCCACCACUCUCCGUGGAGGUGACAGCCUUGUCCCCAGAAACUCCUACGUGCGGCUCAGACACCUAUGUACUAAUACCUGGGUCCACAGCACAAACAUCCCCAUUGACAAAGAAGAAGAAAAACCUGUGAUGCUGAAAAUCGGCACCUCUCCCGUGAAGGAGGAUAAGGAGGCCUUUGCCAUCGUCCCGGUCUCCCCCGCCGAGGUCCGCGACCUGGACUUCGCCAACGACGCCAGCAAGGUGCUGGGCUCCAUCGCGGGGAAACUGGAGAAGGGCACCAUCACGCAGAACGAAAGGAGGUCGGUCACCAAGCUGCUGGAAGACUUGGUUUACUUUGUCACUGGUGGAACGAAUUCUGGUCAAGAUGUGCUUGAAGUGGUCUUCUCCAAGCCCAACAGAGAACGGCAGAAGCUGAUGAGAGAACAGAAUAUUCUCAAGCAGAUCUUCAAGUUGUUACAGGCCCCGUUCACAGACUGUGGUGACGGCCCGAUGCUGCGGCUGGAGGAGCUCGGGGACCAGCGGCACGCUCCUUUCAGACACAUCUGCCGGCUCUGCUACCGGGUCCUGAGACACUCGCAGCAGGACUACAGGAAGAACCAGGAGUACAUAGCCAAGCAGUUUGGCUUCAUGCAGAAGCAGAUCGGCUACGACGUGCUGGCCGAAGACACCAUCACUGCCCUGCUGCACAACAACCGGAAGCUCCUGGAGAAACACAUCACCGCGGCCGAGAUCGACACCUUCGUCAGUCUGGUGCGGAAGAACCGGGAGCCCAGAUUCUUAGAUUACCUGUCCGACCUCUGCGUGUCCAUGAACAAAUCGAUUCCGGUGACCCAGGAGCUGAUAUGUAAAGCUGUGCUGAACCCAACUAAUGCCGACAUCUUGAUUGAGACCAAGUUGGUUCUGUCUCGUUUUGAAUUUGAAGGUGUUUCUACUGGCGAAAAUGCCAUGGAGGCUGGAGAAGAUGAGGAGGAGGUGUGGCUGUUCUGGAGGGACAGCAGCAAAGAGAUUCGCAGUAAGAGCGUCCGGGAGCUGGCGCAGGACGCGAAGGAAGGGCAGAAGGAGGACCGGGACGUCCUCAGCUACUACCGGUAUCAGCUGAACCUCUUUGCUCGCAUGUGUCUGGACCGGCAGUACCUGGCCAUCAAUGAGGUCUCAGGCCAGCUGGAUGUGGACCUCAUCCUGCGCUGCAUGUCGGACGAGAACCUGCCCUACGACCUGCGGGCGUCCUUCUGCCGCCUCAUGCUUCACAUGCAUGUGGACCGCGACCCCCAGGAGCAGGUCACGCCCGUGAAGUACGCCCGCCUGUGGUCGGAGAUCCCCUCCGUGAUCGCCAUCGACGACUACGACAGCAGUGGAACUUCCAAAGAUGAAAUUAAGGAGAGGUUUGCUCAGACCAUGGAAUUCGUGGAGGAGUAUUUAAGAGACGUGGUUUGCCAGAGGUUUCCUUUCUCUGAUAAGGAGAAAAAUAAGCUUACAUUUGAGGUUGUCAAUUUAGCUAGGAACCUCAUAUACUUUGGCUUCUACAACUUCUCUGACCUUCUACGAUUAACCAAAAUCCUCUUGGCCAUAUUGGACUGUGUGCACGUGACGACAAUCUUCCCCAUCAGCAAGAUGGCCAAAGGGGAAGAGAAUAAAGGCAGUCACGUGAUGCGCUCCAUCCACGGCGUCGGAGAGCUGAUGACCCAGGUGGUGCUGCGGGGAGGGGGCUUUCUGCCUGUGGCCCCCAUGGCUGCGGCCCCCGAAGGCAGCGUGAAGCAGGCGGAGCCGGAGAAGGAGGACAUCAUGGUCAUGGACACCAAGUUGAAGAUCAUCGAGAUCCUGCAGUUUAUUUUGAACGUGAGGUUGGACUAUAGGAUCUCCUGCCUCCUGUGUAUAUUUAAGCGGGAGUUUGACGAAAGCAAUUCCCAGACUUCAGAGACGUCCUCUGGAAACAGCAGCCAGGAAGGGCCCAGUAACGUACCAGGUGCUCUGGACUUUGAACACAUUGAAGAACAAGCAGAAGGCAUCUUUGGAGGAAGUGAGGAGAACACCCCACUGGACCUGGACGACCACGGCGGCAGAACCUUCCUCCGCGUCUUGCUCCAUUUGACGAUGCACGACUACCCACCCCUGGUGUCGGGCGCCCUACAGCUGCUCUUUCGGCACUUCAGUCAGAGGCAGGAGGUCCUGCAGGCCUUCAAACAGGUUCAACUGCUUGUCACCAGCCAAGAUGUUGACAACUACAAGCAGAUCAAACAGGACUUGGAUCAGCUGAGGUCCAUCGUGGAGAAGUCGGAGCUGUGGGUGUACAAGGGGCAGGGCCCCGACGAGGCCAUGGAUGGCGCCUCGGGAGAAAACGAACAUAAGAAGACAGAGGAGGGGAAUAACAAGUCACAGAAGCAUGAGAACACCAGCAGCUACAACUACAGGGUGGUAAAAGAGAUUCUGAUCCGGCUCAGCAAGCUGUGUGUGCAGGAGGGCGCGGCUGUGAGGAAAAGCCGGAAGCAGCAGCAGCGUCUGCUACGGAACAUGAGUGCCCACGCGGUGGUGCUGGAGCUGCUGCAGAUCCCCUAUGAGAAGGCCGAGGACACCAAGAUGCAGGAAAUAAUGAGGCUGGCACAUGAGUUUCUGCAGAAUUUCUGUGCAGGCAACCAGCAGAACCAGGCUCUACUGCACAAACACAUCAACCUGUUCCUGAACCCGGGGAUCCUGGAGGCGGUGACGAUGCAGCACAUCUUUAUGAACAACUUCCAGCUGUGCAGUGAGAUCAACGAGAGGGUCGUCCAGCAUUUCGUCCACUGCAUUGAGACGCACGGGCGGAACGUCCAGUACAUCAAGUUUUUGCAGACGAUUGUCAAGGCCGAAGGGAAGUUCAUUAAAAAGUGCCAAGACAUGGUCAUGGCUGAGCUGGUGAACUCGGGCGAGGACGUCCUCGUGUUCUACAACGACAGAGCCUCUUUCCAGACACUGAUCCAGAUGAUGAGGUCGGAGCGGGACCGGAUGGACGAAAGCAGCGCCCUCAUGUACCACAUCCACCUGGUGGAGCUCCUGGCUGUGUGCACGGAGGGCAAGAACGUCUACACCGAGAUCAAGUGUAACUCCCUGCUCCCGCUGGACGACAUCGUCCGCGUGGUGACCCACGAGGACUGCAUCCCCGAGGUGAAAAUCGCAUACAUUAAUUUCCUGAAUCACUGCUACGUGGAUACAGAGGUGGAAAUGAAGGAGAUUUACACCAGCAAUCACAUGUGGAAACUGUUUGAGAAUUUCCUCGUGGACAUUUGCAGGGCCUGUAACAACACGAGUGACCGGAAACACGCAGACUCGAUUUUGGAGAAGUACGUGACCGAGAUUGUCAUGAGUAUUGUGACCACGUUCUUCAGUUCCCCCUUCUCAGACCAGAGCACGACUUUGCAGACUCGCCAGCCUGUCUUCGUGCAGCUGCUACAAGGUGUGUUCCGGGUUUACCACUGCAACUGGCUGGCGCCAGGCCAGAAAGCCUCGGUGGAAAGCUGUAUUCGGGUGCUCUCCGAUGUAGCCAAGAGCCGGGCCAUCGCCAUCCCCGUGGACCUGGACAGCCAGGUCAACAACCUCUUCCUCAAGUCCCACAACAUCGUGCAGAAAACGGCGAUGAACUGGCGGCUGUCUGCCCGCAAUGCGGCACGCAGAGACUCUGUUCUGGCAGCUUCCAGAGACUACCGGAACAUCAUUGAGAGAUUACAGGACAUCGUGUCGGCGCUGGAGGACCGUCUGAGGCCCCUGGUCCAGGCCGAGUUGUCCGUGCUCGUGGAUGUCCUCCACAGACCCGAGCUGCUCUUCCCAGAGAACACAGACGCCAGACGCAAGUGUGAAAGCGGUGGCUUUAUUUGCAAGUUAAUCAAGCAUACUAAACAGCUGCUAGAGGAGAACGAGGAGAAACUCUGCAUUAAGGUCCUACAGACGCUCAGAGAAAUGAUGACCAAAGACAGGGGCUACGGAGAAAAGCAAAUUGCCAUUGAUGAAUUGGAUAAUGCUGAGCUGCCACAAGCUCCGGACCCUGAGAACUCCACAGAGGAGCAGGAGGCGAGUCCACCCCUGAGGCAACUGGAAGACCAUAAAAGGGGUGAGGCGCUCAGGCAAAUUUUGGUCAACCGUUACUAUGGAAACAUCAGACCUUCAGGAAGAAGAGAGAGCCUCACCAGCUUUGGCAAUGGCCCGCUGUCUCCAGGAGGACCCAGCAAGCCUGGGGGAGGAGGGGCCGGUUCCGGGUCCAGCGCCAUGAGCAGGGGGGAGAUGAGCCUGGCUGAGGUGCAGUGCCACCUUGACAAGGAGGGGGCCUCCAAUCUCGUCAUCGACCUCAUAAUGAACGCGUCCAGUGACCGAGUGUUCCACGAGAGCAUUCUGCUGGCCAUCGCCCUUCUGGAAGGGGGCAACACCACCAUACAGCACUCCUUUUUCUGCCGGUUGACAGAAGAUAAGAAGUCGGAGAAAUUCUUCAAGGUCUUCUAUGACAGAAUGAAGGUGGCCCAGCAAGAAAUCAAGGCGACGGUGACAGUGAAUACCAGUGACUUGGGAAAUAAAAAGAAAGACGAUGAGACAGACAGGGAUGCCCCAUCUCGGAAAAAAGCCAAAGAGCCCUCAACGCAGAUAACGGAAGAGACCCGGGAUCAGCUCCUGGAGGCCUCUGCUGCCACCAGGAAAGCCUUCAGCACCCUGAGGAGGGAGGCCGACCCCGACGACCACUACCAGUCGGGGGAGGGCUCGCAGGCCGCGGCCGACAAGACGAAGGAUGACCUGGAGGUGAGCGCGGUCAUCACCAUCAUGCAGCCCAUCCUCCGCUUCCUGCAGCUUCUGUGCGAGAACCACAACCGGGACCUGCAGAACUUCCUGCGUUGCCAAAAUAACAAGACCAACUACAAUUUGGUAUGUGAGACCCUGCAGUUUCUGGACUGUAUUUGUGGAAGCACAACUGGAGGCCUUGGUCUUCUCGGACUCUACAUCAAUGAAAAGAAUGUUGCCCUCAUCAACCAAACCCUGGAAAGUCUGACCGAAUACUGUCAAGGCCCUUGCCAUGAGAACCAGAACUGCAUCGCCACCCACGAGUCCAAUGGCAUUGACAUCAUCACAGCCCUGAUCCUCAAUGACAUCAAUCCUUUGGGAAGGAAGAGGAUGGACCUGGUCUUGGAGCUGAAGAACAAUGCUUCCAAGCUGCUCCUGGCCAUCAUGGAGAGCAGGCACGACAGUGAGAACGCCGAGAGGAUACUAUAUAACAUGCGGCCCAAGGAACUGGUGGAAGUGAUCAAGAAAGCCUACAUGCAAGGGGAAGUGGGGUUUGAGGACGGAGAGAAUGGCGAGGAGGGGGCUGCCUCCCCCAGGAACGUGGGGCACAACAUCUACAUACUAGCUCACCAGCUGGCCCGGCACAACAAGGAGCUGCAGAGCAUGCUGAAGCCCGGGGGCCAGGCCGAGGGGGACGCCGCCCUGGAGUUCUACGCCAAGCACACGGCCCAAAUCGAGAUUGUCCGACUGGACCGGACCAUGGAGCAGAUCGUCUUCCCCGUGCCCAGCAUCUGUGAAUUCCUAACCAAGGAGUCAAAGCUGCGAAUAUACUAUACUACGGAGAGGGACGAGCAAGGCAGCAAGAUCAACGACUUCUUCCUGCGCUCCGAGGACCUCUUCAAUGAGAUGAACUGGCAAAAGAAGCUCCGAGCCCAGCCUGUGCUGUACUGGUGUGCUCGCAACAUGUCCUUCUGGAGCAGCAUCUCGUUCAACCUGGCUGUCCUGAUGAAUCUGCUCGUGGCCUUCUUCUACCCGUUCAGAGGCGUCCGCGGAGGGACGCUGGAGCCACACUGGUCGGGACUGCUGUGGACAGCCAUGCUCGUCUCCCUGGCCAUCGUCAUCGCGCUCCCCAAGCCCCACGGCAUCCGAGCCUUAAUUGCUUCCACGAUUCUCCGGCUGAUAUUUUCUGUUGGGCUGCAGCCCACGUUGUUUCUCCUGGGAGCUUUCAAUGUCUGCAAUAAAAUCAUCUUUCUCAUGAGCUUUGUGGGCAACUGCGGGACCUUCACUAGGGGCUACCGAGCCAUGAUCCUGGAUGUCGAGUUCCUGUACCACUUGUUGUAUCUGCUCAUCUGUGCCAUGGGGCUGUUCGUCCAUGAAUUCUUCUACAGUUUGCUGCUUUUUGAUUUAGUGUACAGAGAAGAGACUCUGCUUAAUGUGAUUAAGAGUGUCACCCGGAAUGGACGGUCCAUCAUCUUGACGGCAGUUCUGGCUCUGAUCCUGGUGUACCUGUUCUCCAUCGUGGGCUAUCUUUUCUUCAAGGACGAUUUCAUCUUGGAAGUAGACAGGCUGCCCAACGAAACAGUUCUCCCAGAAGCCGGAGAGAGUUUGGCAAGCGAGUUCCUGUACUCUGAAGUGUGCAGGGUAGAGACAGGAGAGAACUGCUCGUCUCCUGCUCCCCGAGAAGAGCUGCUGCUGGCCGAGGGGACGGAGCAGGACAAGGAGCACACGUGCGAGACACUGCUCAUGUGCAUCGUCACGGUGCUGAGCCACGGGCUGCGCAGCGGCGGCGGCGUGGGCGACGUGCUCCGGAAGCCGUCCAAGGAGGAGCCCCUGUUCGCCGCGAGAGUCAUCUACGACCUCCUGUUCUUCUUUAUGGUCAUCAUCAUCGUCCUCAAUCUCAUUUUCGGGGUCAUCAUCGACACCUUUGCGGACCUGAGGAGUGAGAAGCAGAAGAAGGAGGAGAUUCUGAAGACCACGUGCUUCAUCUGUGGCUUGGAAAGAGACAAGUUUGACAACAAGACUGUCACCUUUGAAGAGCACAUCAAAGAAGAACACAACAUGUGGCAUUACCUGUGCUUCAUCGUGCUGGUCAAGGUCAAGGACUCCACGGAGUACACGGGGCCCGAGAGCUACGUGGCCGAGAUGAUCCAGGAAAGAAACCUGGACUGGUUCCCCAGGAUGAGGGCCAUGUCCCUGGUGAGCAGCGACUCCGAGGGUGAGCAGAACGAGCUGAGGAGCCUGCAGGAGAAGCUCGAGUCCACCAUGAAGCUCGUCACCAACCUCUCCGGCCAGCUGUCCGAGCUAAAGGACCAGAUGACAGAACAAAGGAAGCAGAAGCAGAGAAUCGGGCUUCUAGGACACCCCCCGCACAUGAAUGUGAAUCCGCAGCAACCCGCAUAAGCAAGUGAAAUCAAGCGUUGCAUUUCCCUUUUUAAUGAUCAUUAGUGUGGGGACGCUGAUCGGCUCUGACUCACCCCCAAGGUGGCAUUCAUGCUCAGUACAUUUGUAAAUACUCAGUUUUCUACUGUAUGUAUAUGAUUGCUACUCUACAGGUCUAGAUAUAUGUAUUGUAAUUAGAAUUGUUGGCAUGAUGAAAUUUCAUUUGUGCCAAAACUAUUAAAUGCUUUUUUUGGAAGGACUAAAGAAAGCACCUGAUUUGCACUUGAACCAGACUAUAGAUUUAAAACUACAUGACAUGUAUUUUGUAUUUAAAACUAGAAUAGCCAGUAUUUAUGUUUUUUAUAAAACUGUGCAAUACGGAUUAUGCAAUCACAAUAAAUUUAUAACUCCUGGGUGUCCUACGGGACUGCACAUCUUUGAAGCUGGUGUGAAAAACGUACUAAAUGGUUACAUAUCAAAUGAUGCUGCUGCAAGAAUCAUACUAUCAGUGAGUUCAGGCCCAGGCGUCUGUGCCACGGCGUCGUCACCCGGGCUGAUACUGUUGCUCGUGGCACGUGGCACGAACGCCUCUGUCUCGUGACAAAGCUCCAAUCCUACGAACUGUCCAGUCAGCAUUCGUUUUCAGAAAAGCAACUUUAGUUUCAAAGAUACUUUUAAGCUUCUAAAUUGAUCAUUUAAGCUAUUUCUUUAAAUAAGAGCUACAUUAGAGGCUCAGACUUUAGCUUGUGCAGUUAAUGAAGCUUUUAAAGGGGACUUUUUAUGCACUGUUGCGGGUACACGCAGACCGCUGGCCCAUCAGUGUCAGCUCCUUAGCUGAAUUCUGGUGUCAGAUUAUGAAGAAAUGAAUAACUGCUGGUCUCUAGAUUAGCUAGGCCACACAGGAGGGUUGAAUGUUUUCUUCAUUUGAACAACAUGCUACAGUAGCUAAUACGUAGUAAUGUGUAAUCCAGAGAUGAAAU